CUGUCCAGCACAUCCUUGUGAAAUCUUCACUCUCCCUCAGUAAAUCUCGUUAGUGUGACGCAAAACUAGAUAUAUUGUGAUCGUCUAUUUGUCCAAGUGCAACCUUGUGCCUGACUUACAUGACAGAUGUAAUAGGUUGUCACUGAGCCAGGAGGUUGGCCAGUGUCCGCCUGCCGCUGCUGCUGGAGCCAGAUCAGGGAGCAAGCCAAGCGAUUACAAAUGAACGGGUUUUAUUCCCACUGAGGUCAUCUAUGAACUGAACGUGUUUUUUUAAAAGAAGAAUAAGAAUCAAACAGCUGCGGAUACAUGCAGCAUGUGGGGGGGCACAGAGCGGAGCAGCGCUACUACUUAAGCUCCCACCUGAUCCAGUUAAAGUGUUAGUGCAGGAGAUUAUGGGGACUCGCUUCCUUCAAAUCACGUUCACAGUUCAAGAGGAACCCAUUACUGACAGGAGCCUCGUGCGUAAAGUGUGCGUAAACGUGCGUAAAAAGUGAGCGUUGGAAAGUGCACAGUGAGCAAAUAUUCCACAUGAAAUGUCUGCUGUUACUCCCAUCGUAUCCGGGGACUACAGUCACCACCGGGACAGAGCGACGAUGGCGUCCCGGGUCUCCUUCACCCAGGUCCGGCUGGAAGUGGAGCUGGAGCGCUGCCGGGCCGAGUGCCAGUGGGACAAGAUGCCGGCGAUCAUCGACCAGAUGCAGGCUGCGCGGUUCCACGAGGACGAUGAUUACGGGACCCUGAUGAUGGCGGAGGCGCUGCUGGAGGAGUGUCUGCAGGAAAACGUGGACCUAUUGCGGCGCGCCACACCCUUGUUGGACAAGACCCAGUCCAGACUGUUCAGGGCCAAAGGACACCUCAACACCAUCCUGAGCCGAGGCCGUCUCACACCUAGGUACCUGAAUGAGGCUCUGCUGCUGAUGGCCAAAGUGCACUAUGUGCAGGGCCGUUACCGGGACGCCCAGGGAAUGUGUGCCAGGGUGGGACUGGAGGAGCUGACACAGGACGACCAGCCAACCUAUCACCUUCGCCUGCUGGCUGAGGCAUUUGUUAUUAAAGGUUUGUCUCUGGACCAUCAGAUAGUUUCUUCAGUGUCUCGGGUUCGUCUUUCAGAGAGGGAGGAGGAGAGUCUGUCCUGUUACCUCAGGGCCUGCGACGCUGCUCUGUCCUUCCUGCAGGAGCUCGAUAAGACAGUAACCACUCCCCACACUAAGACAGCCAAAGCCAAUCUGCUGCCUCCACCUGUGGAUAUUGACCUGGGCUAUUUCCUGCAAGCUGCACUACAGAGCGCCUACAUUUGUCUGCUGCGCAGGGGUCAUCUCGCACAAGGUGCUCACCAGCUGCGUAGGGUGCUCAGGGUGGUGGAAUCACGAGGGUCUCACAGCUUCAGGAAGUCUGCAGCCAGGAAGCUGGCGGGGGUGCUGCUGAGCUCAGUGAGUGAAGACAGCUACUGGCCCCCACUUGGUCCUCCCCCUUCAGCCUGGCUCCACAGAGAGGGAGCAGCCGCCUCCAAAGAUGCCAUCUACCCCACCGUCAGACCUCCGCAGCGUUACAGCACGGACUGUUGCUUCUGUCCUCAGGACGUGGUAGAAGAGGCAGUGUUGCUGCUGCUCAUCACAGAGUCCAUGGCCAGUGGCGAAGCGGUGAUCAGUCGUCUGCCUGACCAGGCCGAGGCUCGCCAGGCCAGUCUGCAGGAUGCCACCUCUGUCUAUGAUCUGCUCACCAUCGGCAUGGCCAGGAGGGGGCAGUACGCCAUGCUCUCUGAGUGUCUGGAGCGAGCCAUGAAGUUCUCAUACAACGAGUUCCACCUCUGGCACCAGCUGGGCCUGUCACUCAUGGCGGCGGGGAAGGGUGUUGGCGCUGUAUCUGUAUUUAAAGAGUGUUCCAGGAUGAGACCCGAGGACCCCUCAUUGCCCCUGUUAGCUGCUAAAGUCUGCAUUGGUCAGCUGCACAGGUUUGAGGAGGCAGAAGCUCUGUCCCAGAGUGUGGUGUCUAUGGGGGAGGAAGCUGGAGAACUUCUGCCCAGGGCCUACCUGGCUCUGGGGCUCUGCUACAGUCUACAGGCCUCUGAUGCUUCUCUCAAAGCAGAUCGGAAUGACUUCAACAAGAGAGCGCUGCAGGCCCUGAGCAAGGCUCACUCCUUAGACCCCCUGGAUGCACAGAUUGCUAUGUACCUGGCUCUGCAGCUAGCACUUGUCCGCCAGGUAUCUGCAGCCAUGGAGCCCCUGCAGGCAGCUUUAACUCUCCAGGGAGACGACUUGCACUCCCUCCACCUGCUCACCCUGCUGCUCAGCGCCCAGAAACACUACCGUCAUGCCCUGGACACCGUGGGCCUGGCCCUCAGCCAGCACCCAGACAACUUCAAUCUCUUGUUCACAAAGGUAAAGCUUGAAGAGGCUCUGCUCGGCCCAGCUACUGCCCUGCAGACCUGUGAAGAGAUGUUGCAACGCUGGCAAAGCCGCUAUGAAGUCAGUCGCUCCAGUGAGACAGAUGACAGCAGCAGUACGCCGAUGGCCGAGAGGACAGAGGUCAGCCCCGGAAGCAGGAAACCCUCCAUCCACCUGACCCUGCCUGACUUCCAGGACGGCUCCACUGGUUCAUUGAGCCCUUCGUCAGUUGCAGUGUCCCGCCUGGACGCGGCGCUCUCUGAGGUGUCCGAUAUCAGCUCCUCCCGUCGCCAAGGGCCCACCUACAUCUGGAACACCCUGGAACGCAUCUGGCUGCAGGCUGGGGAGCUGUUCAUGGCAGACGGUCGAUUAAAGGAGGCCCAGUUCUGCAUAGCUGAAGCGAGCUCAAUCUUCCCCAAUUCGCACUCGCUGCUUCUGCAGCGGGGCCGACUGGCCGAGCUCCGGGGACAACUGGACGAAGCCAAAGGCCUGUAUGACGAGGCCCUGGCUAUUCAUCCCACAGGAGAGAGGAUACUGGUGCACAUGGGUCGUUUGCUGGUGAAAACCGGGCGUGUCCACCUCGGGGAGAAGAUCCUGCGUGAUGCGGUUCAGGUCCACAGCACCUCUCACGAGGCGUGGAGCGGCCUGGGUGAGGCCCUGCAGUCUCGGAGCGCCAGCCAGGCCCCCGACUGCUUCUUGACAGCACUGGAGCUUGAGGCGUCUUGCCCCAUCCGGCCCUUCACGAUCAUUCUCAGGGAGCUCUGAGGGGGUCUGGCCUGGGCUGGAGGUCGAAGUGAAGGUUAAGGAACUGGCCUCUGGCUUGAUGAUUGUACACAUGGUGCAAUGAAUAGUUUGACAUUUAAGGAAGUAGACCUGUUUGCUUUCUUUCCUAGAGUAAAAUGAGAGGAUUGAAACCUACCUUCCAUUAAUUAUAUAGCUAGAGCCAGGAGCACUUCACUUACACUUACUUACAGAUGUUAAGAGAUUUCCUCAUCAUUGGACCAAUGGCUGUCUAAAUAUGAUGUCGCCACUUCCUCCCAAUGUAGACAAAUGAAGCCAAAGUAUCCCAGACCCUGUUGCCAAUAUCUUAUUUGGAACCAGAGUCUGUGCAGCAGUGAUCGUGGAGUGGAACCACGUUAUCAACAUCCCACCGGAUUUUGGCUUCACUUUUGUGCUCCUGUCAUGUCCCGCAUUUGAAGAAAUACAGUCAUUGUUUUGGGUGCGACCUUGCUAGCUGUUUCCCUGUUGCCAGUCUUUAAUGAACAAAUAGGAGAAUGAGAUCUAUUUUUCUUAUAUAGCUCUUGGCAAGAAGGCAAAAACUUCUAAUGUUUCCUUCAAAUAAGUAAUUUUUUGGUUAAAGGACAUGUAACAAUUUUUUUUUCAACUGGACUGAAUAGUCUCUGGCAUGUUUAAGUUGUGUCAUGAUUAUCCUCUAAGUUCCAGUACUACUACAUCUAUACAUUCAUAGCAUCUGAUCUUAGUAAGCUAUGUUGGAUGAAAAAAAUUGAAAAAUAAUUAGUAUCAACAUGAAAACAGAAUGAUGCAGGUAACAGGGGUGUAGAGACAAAUGUUUAAAGUACUAUUUCAAUGAACACCUCCUAUGGAGUUAUUAGUAAAGAAUAAGUUUAUUUCAACCAUAAUACAAAUGUAAUAUUUUUAAUAAUCAGUAAAUGUUCCCUUUAAUGGUUCAUAAAAUGCAAAGAUGUGCUGGUUACGUCUUGAGAUAGACUGUACAGUAAGUUGUUGUGUUAUAUGUGGAAAUGCAGAUACAUGGAUUAUGUACAGGCUCCCAGUCAAAACAGCAGCUCCACUUCAUCUGUAUCUUAGCCUCUGAUGUUUUUUUGAUGAUCACGUUGAUUGACACAGCUUUUAUGUGCGCACGUACACACACACACACACACACACACACACACACACACACAGAGAGAGGGAUAUUACCACCCUUUCAUCCAAAAUCAAAUCAAAUCAAAGUUUAUUGUCACAUGAACCAAUGACAGCAUCAUCGGAACAGUGUUAUUCUUGUGACCUGGCAGGCAACAUCCACGCAGUAGACGGGCAUUACAAUAUAAAAAAAAAGACAUACCAUAUAACAUAUAACAUAUAACCUCGUAACAUAUAACUUAUAACAUUGCAACAAUUUCAAUUUAAUCCUCAAAUGAGAGCUCCCAUAUGAUCAUAAAUUCACUUAUCAUUCUACAUUUUUUGUGUGUGUCUAUAUGUGUAUUCAUACUGUAGGUCUCUUGCAUUAUGUAUCUUCAUGCAUGUGUGUUUGUUCAAGACCAUCCCUCUGGGGUGUAAUCAGUCCCUGUUCUGUUUGUUCUGUUUGUACAGUAUAGUAGGCGACUCAUCCCUUAAUAGUGUGUGUGUUAUUUGUGUUGUUUUUUUGACUCAUCUCUUAGUAAUGCUCUCCAUUAAAAACAACAAUGGCUUCUAAAAAUCA